AUGGCGACGCGUCUUUCGACAGGCAAGGCCAGAAAUGCGUCCUCCGCAGCCCACAAAGGGCGAGGGAGGAAGGCGCCGUCGGUCGACACCAACCCGCUCUCGUACGACCGCACCGACCCGUUCACCGCGCUCAAUGUCCUGCGCACCCUCCUCGCGUCGCUGCCCUCGCGCAUCGGCGGCUGCCAGUUCAGGCUCUCUGCGGAGGAGCACCGGCUGUCCAUGCACCUGCUCACCAUCGUCGAGCCCUUCGUUGGGCUCGAGCCGUCCCGCCGCACCCUCGAGCGCCAGCCGACGGAGAUCCUCGACGCGAUCGUCUUUCAUCUUGAUUCCAAGCGCGACCUGCUCGCCCUCGCGCUCUCGUGUCGCCGCCUGCAUACCAUUAUAUUCCCCAGGCACUAUGAUUAUCGCGACGUUCGCUGCAAAGUGAGCUCCCUCAGCGUCUGGAAUCACCUUAUCGUCCACCGCGCCCUCGCGCGCAAUGUCCGCCGCCUCGAGAUCCUCGACGAGAGGUCCACCGAGGCCCUGUCGGUCCCGUCCGACAUCCUCGUUUCUGAAACAGACUUGGAGUCGACGGAUGACGAGCUCGCGAUGCAUACCAAGCAGGAGCGCUACCUGGUCUCUGCCCUGUCGCGCAUGUCCGCCCUGCAUUCAUUCGUCUGGUCGUGCAACCAUUCCCCUAUAUCCAUAGAUAAUAUAUGGCCGAUCCUCUUGAGGUGCCAGACUCUGAAACAGGUUGGCAUCAACGACAACUUGAUAUUCACCCCCGUCGCCCUUGCUGGACCCGACAGUGGGCGCAAGCGUCAGCUCAUUAUGCCCGCGCUGAAGAUGAUCAGCCUUCAGUCCACCAAGCACGCGUACGGCGCAUCAAAAAACCCUGACAUGUCAAGGAUAUCCUCCAUGCUCACCAAUUGUCCAAUUCUAGAGUCUUUGGACAUCGGUUAUACCCCCCGCAGGAAUCCAGGCUUUUUCAACCCCGUAAUGGACGAUUUCUUGCUUUGCGGGCGUUGGCCGCAUUUGCGCUCCUUGUCACUCUCCAAUCUCUGGUGUUCUCCGCAUGCUGGUUUUGAUGCAACCGCGACCUUCCUCUUCGCUCAUUCACAGCUGGAGACACUUCACCUUGAUAUUUCAUUCGGUGCAGGAGCCCCAGGGGGAGCGGCGCCCCGUCGGCCUUUCAUGCUCCCACCGAACUCGCUGCCGCGGUUGCGUGAGCUCCGGGCUAGCAAGGAAAUUGCAAAUGCAGUGUUGGAAUGCCCCUGUGAUGCCCCUGGCGGCCGCCCACUGGAGACAAUCAAGGGCGUCCGUCUGAGCGGUUCGACAUGGGACCAGGUGUUCUUCGCCAACCUACGCAUCUUUGGCGCGAGCCUCAAGCGUCUCGAGCUGGCGGGCUGGAACGAGAUGGACGACAUCAAGCGUCUUGUCGAAUGCGUGCCGCAGCUGGCGUGGCUCGACAUCGGCAAGCGUGCAGGCUCGGGAGUGACGAAUGCGGUGCUGCAGGCUCACACGAGCAAGCCCGCGCCGCUGAUCACCACCAAUUUCGUCGAGUGGGCUGCGCUGCUCGCGAACAUGUCCAAUCUCGCGACGUUCCACGGUGCCCGCUUCUUCUACGAGGUCGCCUCGACGUCGACGGCAGCAGUCCCGCUCAGUAUUUCCGAUCGCAGCCGGGUACGCAAGAACGACGAGGUCGCGUCGAUGCUCGCGUGGAAGUGCCCGAAACUCAGGAGGCUCGACCAUUGGGAGGAGGGGUCGGGCAAGGUCAUUGUCUUGCUCAGAGACGGGGACAAGCAUUUAGACCGGCGAUAUAUGUCUGAAUUCCCAUUGAGUAUUGCCCCUCAAGAUGACGGCUCCGGUGUAGUCCCUGCGCCAACGGAGGCCCCAGAGCCUGCGCCCAUCACUGAUAACGAGGUUGGAGAGUACCGCGAGCAGGAUCGUUUCCUUCCGAUUGCGAACGUCUCGCGUAUCAUGAAGUCCGCUGUGCCGGGCACAGCAAAGAUCUCCCGGGAGGCAAAGGAGUGUGUGCAAGAGUGCGUCUCCGAGUUCAUCAGCUUCAUCACGUCCGAGGCGGCGGAAAAAUGCCAGCUCGAAAAGCGCAAGACGAUCGGCGGCGAGGACAUUCUCUACGCCAUGGUCACGCUCGGCUUCGAAAACUACGCGGAGACGCUCAAGAUCCAUUUAGCAAAGCUGCGCCAGGUUGGUAUUAGCAUCCCUGUGUCGUCGUUUGUGCCGCCAUCGUCGAUUGACGUCCUGGCGAACAGCACCAAACUUCUGGAAACGACAAGCGUCCCGGAGACGGAGGGGACGUCCCAGCUGAGGAGUCAUAAGACUUGCGGACACCGGACAGUAACUUCUACACGACCAGGGGCUCACACCCUCGCAGCAAUUCUUUCUAGCUUCGACGCCCGGCUGGUCAAACUUGAAAAAUCCAUCCUCCCGCUCUAUACCUCCACGCAGCAACUAACGCGGCGGGCAAGGAAUAUCGAGAGUGCGCUGAUGAAGAUCGACGAAAUUGCCAGCUAUCAGGAGGGCAUUGCUGCAGAAGAGGCUCUCAUCUUGCGAGGUCGGUUCUACAGCCCACAGCCAGGACAGCUUGAGGAGUACAUGGAGGUUCUACAGCGGAUGAAUGCGACGAUCGCGUUCGGCAACCUAGAUGGCAGCGUUCGUGAUACAGCACGAAUCAUCGAGACAGGGGCGAAGAAGCUGAUUCAACUAUAUACAAAGCAGGUCGCAGAAGCGUCCUCUGGCUCGCCCAUCAAUGGCCCUGACUUUGAGCCGAUGCCCUUCCCCUCUGCCACACUCGACGCACUACGUCCCCUUGUCGAAUUUCUACGUACCUUGCCUCUUCCGCCCACACAUCCAUCACAUCCCGCUGCGCCGGCUAUCCAAGCUGCGCUGAAGGAAGCCCAGAAGGGCUACGGUGACAUGCGUGGGUCCUGGUUGCGGAAAUGUCUGGAAAUCUAUGGCAAGCGGGUCGCCGAGCGCGCAGGGACCAUCGAUGGUGUCUCUGCCGGACGAGAGUUCGGUACAUUCCUCGAAAACAUCCUGAAUGUAGCGGAGGAAGAAUACGGCCUCCUCGCAGUACUCGUUCCGUUGCCGUCCGCUGCGAACAUUGCGUCUACCUACAAUACCCUUAUUACCCCUCUCGUGUCUCUCUUCUCGUCAACUUUGUCAUCUCUCAGUACGCAAGUCAAACGCUCACUGCACAAAUAUACCCUCCUAGCGCUGUCGCUAUUUUCAUGCUUAACGUCCCACCAGACCCAAUGGGACGAAGUCAUGUGCCGCCCGGGCAAUCGCAAUGAGAACGAACUGAAAGAGGGCUUACAGGGCAUUCGCGCAACGUGCCAAAGGAGCUUUCCGGAGUUUCUCGCGGACAUCAAGAUUGCCGCGUCGAGUAACCGUGGCGAGUUGAGCACCGGUGUCAUGGAUGUCACGCAAACAACUGUCGAGUAUUUGGAGCGGCUGCCAGAGAUACGCGAAGCUGUGAUAGCAGUGCUGCAGACCCUCGGCGAUGGAAAUUGGAAGAUGGGCGAAGGCGCGCAAGUAGGCAAAUCCGGGCGAUCGACUGAGACUGACAAUCAGCGCAUCCUCGAACACUUCGUCUACGACGUGAUCAGCAUGAUUCUCGGCACACUGCAGACGAUGUCACGAUCAAACAGGCGGCCAGCGUUUGGCUCGAUCUUUCUCCUCAACAACGUAUCCUACCUCCUCUCGCAUCUGCUCCUGCGGCCGAAAUCGCCCGAGAUACCUGCGUUGUUGUCGAAGCCCGCACAAGACAUGCUGCAGUCGAACUUCCGCACCGCGAAGGCGGCAUAUUUUGACUCGAACUUCUCGCCGCUGCUUCAGACUCUAGCAGACGACAAAGACAAGAGCAAGAGCGCGACCAAGGAGAAGUUUACGCGCUUCUUUGACCUCUUUGACGAGGUGACUGAGAGGCACCAACUAGCUCGGGUGCUCCACGAGGACGAUGAGGGGAGAAACACGGUCUCAGAAGAGGCUGUGAAGCUUGUUGUACCGUCUCUGCAGCGAUUUAUCCAGCGGAACCUUGGUAAAGACUUUAGCAAGAAUCCAAAGAAAUACAUCAAGAUGUCUGCGGAUGAGGUGGAAUCACUCAUCAAGAUGUUUUACCUGGAGACCAAUAGUGCUGUAUUGCCUCCAGCUGAGCAGGCAACCAAUAAUCUGCUGAUCCAAGCUGGCUGGAGCAGGUGA